AUGGGUGAUUACCCGAAAGCGCUUGAAUUUUACGAAAAAGCACAUAAAAUCUACGAAAAAGCUCUGCCUCCAAAUCAUCCCAAUUUGGCUAUUUCCUACAACAACAUCGGUACGGUGUAUAAGAACAUGGGUGACUACUCUAAAGCACUUGAACUUUACGAAAAAUCACUUAAAAUAAGAGAAAAAGCUCUGCCUCCGAACCAUCCCGAAUUGGCUAGUUCCUACAACAACAUCGGUCAAGUGUAUAAGAACAUGGGUGACUACUUGAAAGCACUUGUAUUUUACGAAAAAGCACAUAAAAUCUUCGAAAAAGCUCUGCCUCCGAAUCAUCCCAAUUUGGCUACUUCCUACAACAACAUCGGUGCGGUGUAUAAGAACAUGGGUGACUACUCUAAAGCACUUGAACUUUACGAAAAAUCACUUAAAAUAAGAGAAAAAGCUCUGCCUCCGAAUCAUCCCGAAUUGGCUAGUUCCUACAACAACAUCGGUCAAGUGUAUAAGAACAUGGGUGACUACUCGAAAGCACUUAUAUUUUACGAAAAAGCACAUCAAAUCUUCGAAAAAGCUCUGCCUCCGAAUCAUCCCAAUUUGGCUACUUCCUACAACAACAUCGGUGCGGUGUAUAACAACAUGGGUGACUACUCUAAAGCACUUGAAUUUUACGAGAAAUCACUUAAAAUAAGAGAAAAAGCUCUGCCUCCGAAUCAUCCCGAUUUGGCUACUUCCUACAACAACAUCGUUUUAGCAGUAUUAGACUUAGUUGUAUAUGAUAUUAUUGUUGAUAGUAUUCAACAUGAAGGUGAUUAA